AUGGUUGAUAUAGAACCCAAAAACCAGAUGGAGAAUGUUCGUCAAAUAUGGGCCAGAAAAGGUCCGGAAGAAAUGGCCAUGGUUGCUGCGCUGGCCGCAGAUCCAAGCAAGAAGGAUGCAUUGGCAUCGUUCGAGGAAAAUCUAACUGACUACCACCAACUCCAGUUGUUUGCGCCUGGAGAACAACUCCGGGAAAUUUUGCUUUUUAUAGCCUACCGCUACACGGAAUUGUUUCCAGAAUCGCCUGCACCACAAGUACACUCUUUCUUGGACCAUCGAUUCGUUGUUGUAAGCCACUGA